CAAAUUACUAACUCCGUUUACGCGGACGUCGAAACGUCGCGAUAAAAAAAUCGCUCGUGACAAACGUAUCCCGUCUAACAAGCGCGAAUUUUUAAUUGUAAAAAAUUGGAGCCCCGUUGCGACAAUCGUGGAAUAUACACGUUGCCCUGCUGCUGAAAUGCCGUAUGCUGAUCAAUAUAUAGUGUAUUUGCAUAAAAUCGAUUAAUGAAGCCUAAACUGACACAUUCUCUGCGACAUGAGUUUGUCAGAGAAGAAUACCUGUCGAGUUACGUGUGUCGGAAUAAAGUGAAUAAUAACCGAAUGUCAGUGGAGUAAGCAAAACAAAGAUAUUAAUAAUUAAAUGAUGAUUUACGUAUCACCGUUUUGAUACAUAGUUUGGAUACCAGGAUACAUAGACAGGAGUUUGAUAAAUAGAUUGUUUAAGUGUUGGUUUGCGAAAUAUACAAAAUUUAUUUAUAAAUUUUACAGUCCUUUUCUUAAUGACGAUACUUCUAGGCAGAGCAAGAUACAUACUGAGUUGUAUCCAUGAAGAAUCAAAUGGCUGAUAAAAACAUCAAAAUAAUACAUCAGUUUCUUUUGGAUCAUGAUUUUGAAAGCACUGCUGAAGCUUUAGUUCAAGAAGCUUCAAAAAUGGGCUUUCAAAAUUUGGGACAUAAAUUAGGAGAAGUAACAGAUCCCUAUGUUCAACUAAUGUUGUGCCACGAUACUGGAGAUUAUUCAACAUUUUUCCAAUUGUGGAAUGACGUGUUCUCUGAUAAUAUUAAGCAAUGCGAAGAAUACAAAAAGCUAACAUUUUAUUUACACGUAUAUUUUGCUGUACUACCUAAACGUAAAUCACACGCCGAUCGAUAUAAAGAAUAUGAAAUAAGUACACUGAGAUUGUCUUCAACAGAAAAAGAUCUUAUUUCGGAAAAGUGCAAGGAGAACAAUGCCACUGAAAUCGAAAAAAAUAGUAUGAAACAAUUGCAAGAUUAUUUGAAUGGGGAUGGCAAGGAAUUAGAACAUGAUACAGAAUUACAAACGUUUUAUGCACUACCGUUUAUUGAAGAUCUUUAUGCAGAUACUUUUUUCUCCAAAGUGUUAGAACAAGAUUGGUUAGACGAGUUAUCAAAAAAUCUAGAUUCGUUUAUCACACGUCACAGACGAGAAUUAAUCGAUUUAGACAAUAUAAACUCUAAUAAAGCACAAUCGCAGAAUCUAGUACAGGUUCAUACAACCAUGCCAGCAACAAAAACAAUAACCGUGGAGUCGGAUGUUACGCAAAAUAAGAUUAGAAAGAAUAAUGUGCCAAUUGUGCCAAACGACAGGGAUAUACCUAUAUUUCUAGAAGAUCAUGACGAUGAGGAGCAGUAUAGUUUUUUCAACAAAACAAAUUUAAAAUCGAAAAGCACACAAACGCAUAUUACUGGAAAUCAAAUUGCUGUCAAUAAUUCACGAGAAGAUGUAUUGUAUCCGGGAGAAAGCGUUAACAGUGUGUCGAAGAUCAUGCACAAGUCAGAUAAAAGAUUGAUUCAAUAUAAUCGUGAAUUAGCGUUAACCAAGUCUCAUUUAUACAGUAUUCAUACAAAUUAUGAGAAAUUAAAAGUGAGAUUUCACAAAUUACACGCGGACUAUCAUAAACUGAUAGACGUUGCCGGGGAAUUAACGGUGGCGUUGGAGAAUUCAGUGAAAGGGCAAGAAGUUGAUGUGCAACGAACACUCGAGAUCUGCAUGAAAAUAUUUCCAGAUUUGUUUGAUCAAAACAUAAGAGAGACUUAUUCGUAUCCGUCCUUGUUACAACUCGACCGUAUUGACAUAAAAACAAUUGCGCUGCCUAAACUUGAUGUCUCAGUAGCGCCGGUACCUCCCAAAUUAUUGGAUUAUAAAAAGAUCAAGUUACAUCUAAUUAACGGGGACGUGAAGACAAAGUUAUUGCUGUUACAAGCAUUGCGUUGGAAAAUAACGCUCGUGCAGUCGGCAGAACAGGACGAAGUCCUACACGAAUACAUAACUCGCGAUUUGUUGGGGCUUCACGGACAAAUUGCCAGCGACAAUGGCAAAUCGAUCCUACCGUGUCUGCUGACCGCGGGAGAAGCGUAUGCCAGACAUCUUUUGCAACAAUUCACCGCACGAUUGCUGAACACCCUGGCAUCCUUCAGAUGCGGAAGAGAUUAUCUGUCGGUCAGAUCUACUGUCGUAAAUGUGACCUUUACUUGUCUCGACAAUAAUUACGCUGACGGAGUGGAUCCUUUCGCGUGUGACAUGAUGGUGGCGAUGUUACAAAAACUGUCUUUACGUAGACAGCAACGGAUAAACAUGAUAGAGAGCGGACUGCUGGAAUGGUUGAUCAAUCACCUACACGAUAAAUGUCGCAUCAUAAGUUUAUACAGGCUCGAAUACGCUACCGCACUUUUAAUGAACCUGUCGUUACAUCGAUUAGCACAAGCCAGAGCGUCUAAAAUAUCUUCGUUACUCGUGUCUACUUUGCUCGUCCUUCUCUCGAUAGAUCAUACAUCCUCACUACCGUACAUCAAUGGAGCACUAAACAAUUUUUUAACCAAUCCUAUAAUUAAUGAGGAAGCGAAAAGAAUUAAGCAUUCGAAUAUAUCGGAAUAUCUUGGUAGUAAACAGAAAACUGCGGAAAUAAGAAAACACCUAGAUUAUGUAUUGAGGGUACAGAGAUAUGAAAAUGUUAACACACCGCAGAAUGACGAAACCGGGGAUGAUGAUAACGAAGACUUGGAUGUGUUGGAAAGUGAAUUAGAUGAAAACGAUCCACUGCAAAAUUAUAUCGGCGAAUUGAACGGAGAAACGUUGCUUGCAAUGUGUUACAGUGUUUCUACGAAAAUUCCUCAAGAGACUGUAAACACGGAUACGACUCUACAGCAAAUAUCUACGCUCAAUCCUAUCGACUUUUACGACAAUCAACGCAAUAAUCAUGUCUGUAAUAAACAUCCAUAUCCUGCGUUAAGGAAUAGCAGUGAAACCGCAGUGACAUCUUCUACGAUUCUUGUAUCCGGUCACGAGAAUAGCCAAGCAGAAAUGGAGAAGUUCAGUAGCAUAGCAUCGCUGAAUAGUAAUAACUGUAACAGCAAUAUAAUUAAUGAUACUUCAUGGAAAAAUGAUCCUGAACUUGCUAAAGAAGAAGAGGCAUUUUUAGCUAAGCCUAAAUUAUCAAGGACACCUCCGUGAAUAUUACGUCAAAAAAAUGUUGAACAUUAAAAUAUCAUAUAAUUUUAUUAUAUCAAAUUUAUAGAAUUAGAUG